AUGCGAGGGGCCACCAUGCCUAAGAUCGAUGACAACCAAUCCCAGUCCAGCCAAGAUGAUUCAUGUCUCCAGACCCAUAAUGACGAAGAGGAUCAUGUCUUUGAUAUGGAGAAAUCCCCCAGCCUCCCGCCCAUGCCUGCAAUCUUGCCCAGCCGCCGAAAAGAUGCCGACCGAGUUAUCGAGCCAAAGCAGUCCUUUCAGUCGAUUGCUUCGAACUCUACAUUGUCGGAGAGAACAAACUACAAGGUGUACGGGCAAAGCUCUCCUUGUCCUGUGGACCGUCGGAUUUCAUACGAGUUUGAGGAGCAUGGGGAUUUCGCUGAUGACGAUGCAAGCUUCGCGCCAUCUUCACGACAGUCUCUGUCCAAUUAUCAAAUCCUGGCCGAAUCAUCUGAUGUUGAGUCGAUCCGCGAGCAAAAACGACCUUUUACAUCUAGCAGCGAUGUCAACUUUGUCCGCCAUGGCCGUUCAGUCUCGUGCUCCUCGCUCAUCCUUGGCCGCAGCCCUCUCAGACCAGAGUUCUCACAAGAGAGCCUCUUGGUUGCCCCUCUGCGACCGACAAAGCGUAACUCGUUUGAUAAUGGCAGCAUUGUCAAAUCAUGCUCUGGGGAAUCCCUUCGCCGUGCGUCACUAUCUUCGAUUGGGUCAAGUUUUAGCCAAGAGGCAACCCGCUCCCUCUUCAUUGGCGCUGCUUCGGUUGUUUAUAUCCAAGGCGGUCUACGUAAACAGAAAUCCCGCUUGAUGGCUUCGGGAUCUGGCACUUCAAGCUCGAUGGUGCCUGCUCAUCCGCACCGCUGGAGUGCGCCUCUUUCAACAGUCAUGUCGGAAAGCGAAGGAGGCAGCGUCGCUCCAUCUCGCUCAUUAUCUCCCUGGUCAGGAACUGACCGCAGAAGUAGCAACAACAGUAGACAUGUCCUCAGUAUGUCAUCGUCUCUCGCAGGACUGGAUGAUAUAACCCUGCCACCUUCUCACUCCAGGAGCGCGUCUCUCGAGUACCCACCCGUUGCUCUGCACACACGCAGUUCAGGAAGGGAUCUGAUGGGAAGUAUGAGGCAGAUUCGGGAUUACGAUGAGCACGGCGAUGGCCUUGCAGAUCUCGACGUACAGCUUCAUCACCGUGCUUCCCGGUCUCGGCUGGCUUCUGAACACGCCUUACGACACUCGGCCAGUACACGCAGUUUAAACCCUCUUUCUUUUCCCGCAUGGGCAAGGUUGUAUUACUGCAGUGGCGAGCGCCGAUUUUUAGUAGCCCAAGCGUCCUCAGAUUCUAUUAGGUCUCUGUAUAAUGGAUCAUUGUACAACGAGCAACCCCCCCCUGGCAAAGCAUUCAUGAGACAUUCGCCUUCACUUGAGCGUAUACAACACAACGCUCCUCUGCCGUCCAGUGCUGUGGUACCUCAAUCUCUCGGAGCCAUUCUAGAUCCCAAGAAUGAUCAAAAUGAGAUCUCUAGACCCACUAUUUCGGAGAUAGGCCCCUGCGACGAAGAGACGCCGAGCCGUGUUGCUAGUAUUGUCCGCCGUGUGAAGAAGCAAACAUCAAGCAUCUGGUCACCUCAUCUUCACCUCGAUCGCCGAGCUAGCCGCUAUAACAUUUGGGGACCGCCCCCCGAGGAAGGCUCGGAGGGAAGCGGCUUCGACUGGCUUCGAAACCGUCAAACCGCCCUGUUCGUCACAGGAUUCAUUUUACCCUUUGUAUGGAUUGUUGCAGCUUUCUUACCAUUGCCACCUAAACCGGUUCUGGAAAUGACACAACAACAGCACAACAGCACCAGUCAUUUAGACUUUACCCACGGAAACGAUUCGUCUCAGGCCAUUCAUUCAGCAAACGAGACACGAUAUAACACCGCCAGAUGGUGGAGGAACCUUAACCGGGUGAUGGCCAUUGUUGGUCUCCUCGUCAUUGGCGCUGUGAUUGCACUCAUUAUAGUUGGCGUCAAGCAGCAAUGGACCAGACGUUCAUGA